AUGCAAAUCACCAUCAAGACACUCAAACAGGAGUCAUUCAAGGUUGACGUCGAAGAGUCCGACAAGGUUCUCACAAUCAAGGAGAAGGUCGAGCAGCUCCAGGGUCAUCCCGUCGCCAGCCAGAAGCUUAUCUUCUCAGGCAAGUCAUGCUUACUAUGUGUCAUCCUUGCUGAUGAGAACCCAGUGUCACAAUACAACAUCACAGAGAAGGACUUUUUGGUGAUUAUGGUCACCAAGCCCAAAGCUGCACCCGCUCCAAAGGCUGCUGCACCUGCCGCCUCUUCGACCACACCCGUUCCCGCCGCAACACCCGCAGCACCCGCAGCACCCACUCCUUCCGCACCUGUUGCCCAGGCACCCGUCGAGGCAACACCCGCUGCCGCUGCCGCAGCACCUGUUGUCGGAGAGAACCCCACACCCGCUGCAUCUGCCGAGCCUGCACCCCCAACUUCUGCUGACAACGCUCUUUUGACUGGAACUCAUUUCGAAACUGCUAUCCAGAACAUGAUGGAGAUGGGCUUCCCCAGGGAGCAGUGCAUGAACGCCAUGAGAGCUAGCUUCAACAACCCUGACAGAGCCGUCGAAUACUUGAUGACCGGUAUCCCUGAUCAUCUCCAGGCUCAGGCAAGCGCACCUGCCGCUGCCGCCCCCCGCGCACCUGCUGCUUCUGGCGCUGCUGCACCUACCAACCCUGCUGCUACCUCUACCCCUGCCGCUGCCGGCGCCGCUCCCGCCACUGCUACCGCUGUCCAGCCACAGAACCUUUUCACUGCCGCUGCCCAGGCCGCUGCCAACGCUCGUCGUUCUGCCGAGACUGGAGGAGCAGGAGAUGGUGCUGAUAGCCUUGCCUUCCUGAGGGAUCAGCCCCAAUUCCAGCAGAUUCGCGAGAUGGUCCAGAAUAACCCUGAACUGUUGCAGCCUCUCUUGGCUCAGCUCGGCCAGACUAACCCCCACAUGUUGCAGCUCAUCAACCAGAACCAGCAGGCAUUCUUGCAGCUCUUGAACGAAGGCAACGAUGGCGAGGAGGGCCACCCACCAGCAGGUGCCAACCACAUCUACGUCACACAGGAGGAGCAGGAGGCCAUCCAGCGUUUGGAGAGCCUUGGAUUCGAUCGUCAGACCGCCGUAGAGGCUUUCUUGGCAUGCGACCGUGACGAGCAGAUGGCAGCCAACUACUUGUUCGAUCACGGCAACGAUGACAUGGAUGAGGAGUUCCAAUAA